UAAAAAACAUGAUAGAAAUCGAAAAUCAAUCAAAAUCGAAAAUCUGAAAGUUGAAGAUCUCAAACCCUAACAAUCUUUGUGUGAAAUUGGUGAUUGGGGAAAGAAAUGCCUCAGAGACAUUCGAAGAAUAACAACGAUCUCGCGUUCUUCACCUACGAUGAGAAGCGGAAGCUUGGUUAUGGAACGCAGAAGGAGAGGUUGGGGAAGGAUUCAAUCAAACCCUUCGAUGCUUGCUCUCUCUGUCUCAAAUCGUUAAUUGAUCCUAUGAGCUGCCAAAAAGGUCAUCUUUUCUGUAAAGAGUGUAUUCUUGAGUGCUUGUUGUCUCAGAAGAAAGAUAUUCAAAGGAGGCUUGUGGCACAUUCUGCUCAGCAGAAGCAAGAAAAAGAAGAGGAAGAAGAGAAAUUAACGUUGCAGAAGGCUAAAGAGCUUGAUGCAUUUGAUCAGCAGAAUCACGGUGCUGUACCACAAUACAGUGAUAGAAGCUAUAACCGUGAUAAGAAUGGUUUUCAUGGAGCAAACAGUGUAAAGGUCACUUCCUAUGAGGAGGAAGCUCUUAGGACAAUGAAGGCAUUUUGGCUACCUUCCGCUACACCAGAAGCUUCUGUUAAAGUAGACGCUCCCUCUACAACUACUAUCUGUCCAGAAGGCAAGGAGAAUCUGAAGUUAAAAACACUUUUCCCUGUCCAGUUCACCGAAGAUACUAGUGAGCAGAAAAAACCCAACGCCCUUGAUAGGAGCUACGUUUGUCCUAGCUGCAAAACCACUCUCACCAACACAAUGUCACUUGUAGCCCUCAGUUCAUGCGGGCAUGUUUUUUGCAAAAAAUGUUCCGACAGAUUUAUGGCUGUCGACAAGGUUUGUCUUGUUUGCAACAAGGCGUGUAAAGAGAGACAUCUGGUGAAUUUGAAGAGGGGAGGUACAGGUUUUGCGGGUCACGACGAUAAUCUUGAAGCCAAAGAUUUCAAGCAUUUGGGAAGCGGGUCUGGUUUGGGGCUGGUUAGACCUGCGAUGAAAACUUAAAUCUGUAUUGGUUAGAGUGUUGUGGAGGAUGAUAUACUUAAUUCAAAAGAAGAAAUCUGCGUGUUAAACUUCUCUUUAUUGUUUAGUGAUGUAUUUGACUAGUUGUAUUUUAUAUUUGGUUAGCUCAAAUCACAGUCUGGUAGAUUGAAAAACCAGCUUGUUCUGUUAGAUGUAGUGGAUCCAAUUUCAGGUAUAUUAAUUCAACAGUGACAAUGAUAGUUGAAGGCGA